AGGAGGGAGGGGCUUAGGGCAGGUCCCAGUGGGAAUCCCCCCUCCCUCUAAGUCCUCUUUUUCCCCCCUGCUUACUUCCCAGAGACCCAGAGAUUACGUCACUGGUUCCCAAAGAUAGGGUCAGGUAUGUUGAGAAAUUGGCCAGAGAGGCAAGGAACUGAGGUGUGAAUGUGAAAAGCCUCUCCAGGCACGAGAGGAGGAGAGGGAGUCUCCAGGAUCCUAGGUAGGAUGUCUCAGGAGAAUGACACAUGGAAGAAAGAGGCCCUGGGGGAUGUGCUUGCCGCCAUGAGGCUGCAGAAGCUGGAACAGCAGCGGCGGCUGUUUGAGAUGAAGCAGCGACGGAAGCGCCAAGAGCCCCUCAUGGUUCAGGCCAAUCCUGACGCUUCCCUGCGGCCCCGGCGACCGCGGCAGCGGGAGAAGCGCUUCUCGGGUGACAGCGGCCCCGGGAACCCUUUCCUUCAGGAGAACGUGCCAGAGGCACAUCUGCACCCUGGUGCCCGCAGUGUCCUGAGCACCGUGAGCUGCGGUGGAGAUGGCAGUGGCGAGCGUGGACCCCUGGUAUCGCCGACAGAAGCAGACAGUUCCGAUCUCGAGUUGGAGGAAGUCUCCGUGGAGUAUGUUCCUUCCUCACCACCUCCUUAUGAAGAGCCUCCGGGGACUCGGCGCAGGGGUUGGCCAGCCCGCCAACGACCUGGGGGCAGUGCUGAGGACGAGAGCGAAUCCCAGGAUGUUGGAGAUGAAUACGAGGUGCCCACUCCGAGACCAAACCCUGGAAUGGAUGUUGUCGGGGGCCAUGGAGACUUGGCCUCCAACAAGGGCGAAGACCUGGAAGAGAAGAAAGAGGAGUUGGAGUCUACAGUGAGGAACUCCCCAUGGGCGGUCGACGAGGAGGUGUCCGAGGCCCCGGAAGGCGCGGGCGGCGCGGGCAACAGCGAUGUGGGGAGCUCGCUCCGCUCGCCUCCCUGCGCCCCAGGCCCUCGGCUGGGCGAGGACAUGGAAGCGUAUGUGCUGCGGCCAGCGCUGCGCGGUCUCACGGUGCAGUGUCGCAUCAGCCGCGACAAGCGCGGGGUAGACAAGGGCAUGUUCCCUUUCUACUAUCUCUACCUGGAGGCGGCCGACGGCCGAAAGUACUUCCUUCUGGCUGGGCGCAAGAGAAAAAGGAGCAAAACCUCUAAUUACCUCGUCUCCCUGGACCCCACAGACCUAUCUCGGAAUGGGGACAAUUUUGUGGGCAAAGUCAGAUCUAAUGUCUUGGGCACCAAAUUCACCAUCUUCGACAAUGGGGUGAAUCCAGAAAGGAAGAAUUUUGUCCCAGAGACUGCUCGGAUCAGGGAGGAGCUGGGGGCUGUGUGUUAUGAGACCAACGUCUUGGGAUUCCGAGGGCCCCGGAAAAUGACUGUGAUCAUUCCAGGAAUCGACGCCCAGAACCAGAGAAUCAGUGUCCAGCCACAAAAUGAACAGGAGUCGCUACUGAGUCGCCUCCAACGGGGGGCCAGCCAGGGGCUGGUCCUGCUGCAAAAUAAAGCCCCAUCGUGGAGCGACGAGAGCGGCGCCUACGUGCUCAAUUUUCAUGGUCGCGUCACUAGAAGCUCGGUCAAGAACUUCCAGAUCAUGCAUCCGGAUGACCCGGACUACCUGGUGCUCCAGUUCGGUCGCGUAGCCCCAGACACGUUCACCAUGGACUUCCGCUUCCCACUUUGUCCGCUCCAAGCCUUCGCCAUCUGCUUGUCCAGUUUCGAUGGGAAGCUGGCAUGUGAGUAAUUCAAUGAAAUACUCUCAUCA